CCCUGUAAGCAGCUUCGCUUCCUGCCGCAACCGCCGGCGGCCGGAGUAACCCAGCCGUGCGCUGUGGGGCGGGCUUCCUGCACCUGAGCCCGGUGAAGCGGUGGCUGGGGUGGAGGGAGGCCGGCGGGUCCGGGGCGGGAAGCGCAGACUCAUGAAAUGGCCACAGAUGAUAAAACUUCCCCAACACUGGACUCUGCUAAUGAUUUGCCUCGAUCUCCUACUAGUCCUUCUCAUCUCACACACUUUAAACCUUUGACCCCUGAUCAGGAUGAACCUCCUUUUAAAUCAGCAUAUAGUUCUUUUGUAAAUCUCUUUCGAUUUAACAAAGAGAGAACAGAAGGGGGCCAGGGAGAGCAGCAGUUGCCAAGUGGCAGUUGGGCUAGCCCUCAGCUCCCUUCAAGAACACAGUCUGUGCGGUCACCUGCACCUUAUAAAAAACAGUUGAAUGAGGAACUCCAGCGGCGUUCUUCAGUGUUAGCAGAGAACAGUUUUCAACAUCCCCAGGAGAACACAGACACAAGGAGGAAAGCAGAACCUACCUUUGGAAGUCAUGACCCUCGUACAGCUGUUCAGCUUCGAAGCCUCAGCACAGUGUUAAAACGCCUCAAGGAAAUUAUGGAGGGGAAAAGCCAGGAUAGUGACCUGAAGCAAUACUGGAUGCCAGAUAGCCAGUGUAAAGAGUGCUAUGACUGCAGUGAGAAGUUUACAACCUUUAGGCGCAGACACCAUUGUCGACUCUGUGGGCAAAUUUUCUGCAGUCGUUGCUGUAAUCAAGAAAUUCCUGGAAAAUUUAUGGGCUAUACAGGAGACCUUCGAGCUUGUACAUACUGUAGAAAAAUAGCCUUAAGUUAUGCUCACUCCACAGAUAGUAAUUCUAUUGGGGAAGACUUGAAUGCUCUUUCAGAUUCUACUUACUCCGUAUCUGUACUCGAUCCAAGUGAACCCCGAACACCUGUUGGGAGUAGAAAAGCCAGCCGUAACAUAUUUUUAGAGGAUGAUUUGGCCUGGCAAAGUUUGAUUCAUCCAGACUCCUCGAACACUGCUCUUUCAACAAGACUUGUAUCUGUCCAAGAGGAUACUGGGAAAUCUCCAGCUCGAAAUAGGUCAGCCAGCAUUACUAACCUGUCACUGGAUCGAUCUGGUUCUCCUAUGGUCCCCUCGUAUGAGACGUCUGUCAGUCCCCAGGCUAGCCGCCCAUAUAUUAGAACAGAGACCACUGAGGAUGAACGCAAAAUUCUUCUGGACAGUGUUCAGUUGAAGGACCUGUGGAAAAAAAUCUGCCAUCACAGUAGUGGAAUGGAGUUUCAGGAUCACCGUUAUUGGCUGAGAACGCAUCCCAACUGCAUUGUAGGAAAGGAGUUAGUCAACUGGCUAAUCCGAAAUGGACACAUUGCUACAAGGGCACAAGCUAUAGCAAUUGGACAAGCAAUGGUUGAUGGACGUUGGCUAGAUUGUGUUAGUCAUCACGACCAGCUUUUCAGGGAUGAGUAUGCACUAUACAGACCACUGCAGAGUACAGAAUUUUCUGAGACACCUUCCCCUGACAGUGACUCCGUGCAUUCUGUGGAGGGACACUCUGAGCCAUCCUGGUUUAAAGACAUCAAGUUUGAUGACAGCGACACAGAACAGAUAGCUGAAGAAGGUGACGAUAAUUUGGCUAAUUCUGCCAGUCCUAGCAAGCGCACCUCAGUCAGCAGUUUCCAGUCCACAGUGGACAGUGACUCAGCCGCUUCCAUCAGCCUGAACGUGGAGCUGGACAACGUGAACUUCCAUAUCAAGAAGCCCUCCAAGUACCCACAUGUGCCCCCUCACCCUGCUGACCAAAAAGAGUAUUUGAUUGCUGACACUGGAGGACAACAGCUCUCAAUAAGUGAUGCCUUCAUCAAAGAGUCCUUAUUUAAUCGUCGGGUAGAGGAGAAAUCCAAAGAGCUGCCUUUCACCCCUUUGGGUUGGCAUCAUAACAACCUGGAGCUCCUGCGGGAGGAGAAUGGGGAAAAACAAGCCAUGGAGAGGUUGCUUUCAGCUAAUCAUAAUCACAUGAUGGCACUACUCCAGCAGUUGCUCCACAGUGAAUCAUUGUCACCAUCUUGGAGGGACAUCAUUGUGUCACUUGUCCGCCAGGUUGUUCAGACAGUCCGACCUGAUGUCAAGAACCAGGAUGAUGACAUGGAUAUCCGUCAGUUUGUCCACAUCAAAAAGAUCCCAGGUGGAAAGAAGUUUGAUUCUGUGGUUGUCAAUGGCUUUGUUUGUACCAAGAACAUCGCACAUAAAAAGAUGAAUUCUUGUAUUAAAAACCCCAAAAUUCUUCUGUUGAAGUGUUCUAUUGAAUACCUCUACAGAGAAGAAACCAAGUUUACUUGCAUUGAUCCUAUUGUGCUGCAGGAAAGAGAAUUCCUGAAGAAUUAUGUUCAGCGAAUAGUUGAUGUUCGACCCACAUUGGUUCUUGUUGAGAAGACAGUGUCUCGGAUUGCCCAAGAUAUGUUACUGGAACAUGGCAUUACUUUGGUUAUAAAUGUAAAAUCACAAGUUUUAGAAAGAAUCAGUCGGAUGACCCAAGGUGAUUUAGUAAUGUCAAUGGACCAGCUGCUUACGAAACCACAUCUGGGCACUUGUCACAAAUUUUAUAUGCAAAUAUUUCAGUUGCCUAAUGAACAAACCAAAACUCUGAUGUUUUUUGAAGGCUGUCCACAACACUUGGGCUGUACAAUCAAGCUUAGAGGAGGCUCUGAUUAUGAGUUGGCUCGAGUUAAGGAGAUCCUAAUAUUUAUGGUCUGUGUAGCUUAUCAUUCUCAGCUUGAGAUCUCCUUCCUCAUGGAUGAAUUUGCUAUGCCUCCUACAUUGACGCAAAACUCUUCAUUCCAUUCUCUGAUCGAGGGACGGGGGGACGAGGAAACUGCACAGCAGCAGCACAGUGGAAGUUCCCUCCCCCAGGAUCUUGACUUCCCUCCUGAGCCUCUGCCCUCCGAUGAGAGCAAUUUGCUGGAAUCAAGGAUUGUGUUUGAGAAGGGUGAGCAGGAAAAUAAAGGUGUUCCACAGGCUGUUGCCUCUUUGAAGCAUCAAGAGUAUGGCGCAACAGCUUGCCCAGCUGGAAUCCCCUGUGCUCUCUUCCAAUCCGUACCGGAAUCACUGUUGCCGCUUCACGUGGGUGACCCACAGGAUGUGGUAGACAGUGAGCAGCUGGGGACAUUGCAGCAAACGGAUGAGCUACAGGAUCCCAAAAGCCAAAUGAGAACAUUUAGAGACCCUCUACAGGAUGACACUGGAUUAUAUGUUACUGAGGAAGUUACCUCCUCUGAAGAUAAACGAAAGACUUACUCUUUGGCCUUUAAACAGGAAUUAAAAGACGUGAUCCUCUGUAUCUCCCCAGUAAUCACAUUCCGUGAACCCUUCCUUUUAACUGAAAAGGGGAUGAAGUGUUCUACCCGCGAUUAUUUUGCAGAGCAGAUCUACUGGUCUCCUCUCCUCAAUAAAGAGUUCAGAGAAAUGGAGAGCAGGAGGAAGAAGCAGCUGCUCAGGGACCUCUCUGGGCUUCAGGGCAUGAAUGGAAGUAUUCAGACAAAGUCUAUUCAAGUUUUACCUUCACAUGAGCUAGUGAGCACUAGAAUUGCUGAGCAUCUGGGUGAUAGUCAGAGCUUAGGUAGGAUGCUGGCCGAUUAUCGAGCCCGAGGAGGAAGAAUUCAGCAAAAAAACUCUGACCCUUUCGCUCAUUCCAAGGAUGCAUCAGGUAUUUCCAGUGGCAAAUCAGGAAGCAAAGCCGAGAGUGAUGAAGAGAGAGGAUUGACCCCAAGUGAUGCAGUAUGGUCAACAAAGGUAGACUGUCUGAACCCUGCUAACCACCAGAGACUAUGUGUGCUUUUCAGCAGUUCCUCUGCCCAGUCCAGCAAUGCUCCUAGUGCUUGUGUCAGCCCUUGGAUUGUAACAAUGGAAUUUUAUGGAAAGAAUGAUCUUACGUUAGGAAUAUUCUUGGAGAGAUACUGUUUCAGGCCUUCUUAUCAGUGUCCUAGUAUGUUCUGUGAUACCCCUAUGGUGCAUCACAUUCGGCGCUUUGUCCAUGGCCAAGGAUGUGUGCAGAUAAUACUGAAGGAGUUGGAUUCUCCAGUACCUGGAUAUCAGCAUACAAUUCUUACAUAUUCCUGGUGCAGAAUCUGCAAACAGGUAACUCCAGUUGUUGCGCUUUCCAAUGAAUCCUGGUCAAUGUCAUUUGCAAAGUACCUUGAACUUAGGUUUUACGGGUACCAGUAUACUCGGAGAGCCAAUGCUGAGCCAUGUGGUCACUCCAUCCACCAUGAUUAUCACCAGUAUUUCUCCUAUAACCAGAUGGUGGCAUCUUUCAGUUACUCUCCCAUUCGGCUUCUUGAAGUAUGUGUUCCACUUCCCAAAAUAUUCAUCAAACGUCAGGCCCCAUUAAAAGUGUCCCUUCUUCAGGAUCUGAAGGACUUCUUUCAAAAAGUUUCACAGGUAUACCUUGCUGUUGAUGAAAGACUUGCGUCUUUGAAAACUGACACAUUUAGCAAAACAAGGGAGGAAAAAAUGGAAGAUAUCUUUGCACAAAAAGAGAUGGAAGAAGGUGAGUUCAAGAACUGGAUUGAGAAGAUGCAAGCAAGGCUCAUGUCUUCCUCGGUAGAUACUCCUCAGCAAUUGCAGUCAAUAUUUGAGUCCAUCAUUGCCAAGAAGCAAAGUCUCUGUGAAGUGCUCCAGGCUUGGAACAACAGGUUGCAAGACCUCUUCCAGCAGGAAAAGGGGAGAAAGCGACCUUCAGUUCCUCCAAGUCCUGGGAGGCUGAGACAGGGAGAAGAGAACAAGAUCAGUGCAAUGGAUGCAUCUCCCCGGAAUAUUUCUCCAGGACUUCAAAAUGGAGAAAAAGAGGAUCGGUUCUUAACAACCUUGUCCAGCCAGAGCUCCACCAGUUCUACUCAUCUGCAGUUGCCUACUCCCCCUGAAGUUAUUUCUGAGCCAUCCAUGGGAGGACCCUCUGAACUGGACACAGCUAGCAGUUCUGAAGAUGUGUUUGAUGGACAUUUGCUGGGAUCCACAGACAGCCAGGUUAAGGAAAAGUCAACUAUGAAAGCCAUCUUUGCAAAUUUGCUUCCAGGAAAUAGCUAUAAUCCUAUUCCAUUUCCUUUUGAUCCAGACAAACAUUAUCUAAUGUAUGAACAUGAGCGGGUACCCAUUGCAGUCUGUGAGAAGGAACCCAGCUCCAUCAUUGCUUUUGCUCUCAGUUGCAAAGAAUACCGAAAUGCCUUAGAAGAAUUGUCUAAAGCAACUCUAUGGAACAGUGUUGAAGAAGGGCUUCCAACAAACAGUAUUUUAGACAGCAGACCAAAGAGUAGCAGCCCUAUUAGAUUACCUGAAAUCAGUGGAGGACAGACAAACCGUACCACAGAGGCAGAACCACAGCCAACCAAAAAGGCUUCUGGAAUGUUGUCCUUCUUCAGAGGGGCAGCAGGGAAAAGCCCUGAUCUCUCUUCCCAGAAGAGAGAGACCUUGCGUGGAGCAGAUAGUGCUUACUACCAGGUUGGGCAGACGGGCAAGGAGGGGACGGAGAAUCAAGGCAUUGAGCCUCAAGAUGAGGUCGAUGGAGGAGAUACACAAAAGAAACAACUCACAAAUCCUCAUGUGGAACUUCAAUUUUCUGAUGCUAAUGCCAAGUUUUACUGUCGGCUCUACUAUGCGGGAGAGUUUCAUAAGAUGCGUGAAGUGAUUCUGGGCAGUAGUGAGGAAGACUUCAUUCGUUCUCUCUCCCACUCAUCUCCCUGGCAGGCCCGAGGAGGCAAAUCAGGAGCUGCCUUCUAUGCGACUGAAGAUGAUAGAUUCAUUUUGAAGCAAAUGCCUCGUCUGGAAGUCCAGUCUUUCCUCGACUUUGCCCCACACUACUUCAAUUAUAUUACAAAUGCUGUUCAACAAAAGAGACCUACUGCAUUGGCCAAAAUUCUUGGAGUUUACAGAAUUGGUUAUAAGAACUCUCAGAACAACACCGAGAAAAAGUUAGAUCUCCUUGUCAUGGAAAAUCUUUUCUACGGGAGAAAGAUGGCACAGGUUUUUGAUUUGAAGGGUUCACUUAGGAAUCGAAAUGUGAAAACUGAUACUGGGAAAGAGAGUUGUGAUGUGGUUUUACUGGAUGAAAAUCUCUUAAAGAUGGUUCGAGACAACCCUCUGUAUAUUCGUUCACAUUCCAAAGCUGUGCUGAGAACCUCAAUCCAUAGCGACUCCCAUUUUCUAUCUAGCCACCUCAUUAUAGAUUACUCUUUGCUGGUUGGGCGAGAUGAUACUACCAAUGAACUGGUGGUCGGAAUUAUAGAUUAUAUUCGAACGUUUACAUGGGACAAAAAGCUUGAGAUGGUUGUAAAAUCAACAGGAAUUUUAGGAGGACAAGGUAAAAUGCCAACUGUGGUGUCUCCAGAGUUGUAUAGGACUAGGUUUUGUGAAGCAAUGGACAAGUAUUUCCUGAUGGUUCCAGACCACUGGACAGGCUUGGAUCUGAAUUGCUGAAAUCAAGCACAUAGUUUGAAGUAGACUAUGAAGGAAGGGGCGAGGAUCAAAAAUAAGCUACUUUUUGUUUCUUCAUCACAUUCACCACUGUAUGCGAAGUGUUUCAGUUCUGCAGCCCUUUAGUGUGUCCACAAUUGUGGCGUAAAAACUCUAGGACCUUGUACUUUUUGAUACCUGUGAGUUCACUGUCUGAAGGUUGGGAAGGUGCAUGAGCAGUUUCUUAGCUAAGCUGGAAUACAGACACAUUUGAAGAAAGAGCUAAGGUCAGAGAUGAGUGAAUAUAUUGAAACAUCAGUUAUCAUGUUUGCUAAUCACUUAAUCCUUUUAAGAAGAAAUAGCUCAGAUUGUGACUUUUUUGACCUCACAUGUGACAUAUUCUUUUCUUAGAAAGCAUUUGUAGAGCUGUUGAGUGUGCUUUGUUUCAAAUAUAAUAAUAACAUUCAGAAGAGAAAUCUGAUUUAUUCCAUUAAUGGCCAGUAAAGCAAGUUGACACUUACUAUUUUAUUGAAGAAUUAACUUAAAGCAGGAAAUCUGACAUUUUCUAUAUCUUCCCAGCUUGCUUUGCUUUUGAGUGUUUGUUUUUAAAAUUCUGCCUUCUCUGUGAGUGACAGGAGGCUACACACAUUAACUUUAAGCCCUUUUUGGAGCUAUUUUUACAGCUUGUUGAAAACUUUUGUAUAAUUAAUAUGUUAAACUGUACAUAUUUGCAUACACUCACAUUCUGUUUUUUUCCUCCCUGUGUUAAGGGAAACAUAAUAAUCAUUAGUAAAUGAACCUGCAGUCACCAGCUACCUAAUGGAAGAAUUAUUAAUGAAGGAUUUUCUUAGAUGUAAAAAAUAAAUUAGAUCUAAUCUAAGAAAUUGAACAGGAAGGAAACAGUUGAUUAUUUUUUAUAGAAGGUAAAGUGUCUCUCUCAAUAUAACCAGUCAUUUGAGUAGCAUUUAUAAUAUUGAAAAGUUUCCAGUGUAGACAUUUUUGUUUUCUGACUUUCUAUACACUGGCCAAUUCUGCUGCUAUUGAGACAUAUUAAGAGAUAAAGUCCUUCUUAGUAAAGAACUUUUUGUCAGCAUUUGUGUGAACAGUUGUCAGAAGUACUAAACGUUAAUGAAAUGAUGUAAGCAGCCUCACUGUACUUCUUCCUGAUUCCUUUGUGUAACAAGGAUAGUUUAGGAAUUUUUUAAAGGUGUAAGGAUUCCACUCUUCAGACUUUGUGUAAUGAAUGUACUGUUGCACAUUUAUUUUCACAUAAUAUGAAAAAAAUCUGGCUGUAUUAAGUUAUACAAAGUCUAAUAAUAAGUACAUGAAAUAGGAACAUUUGGGAAGGUUUGCUUUAGAUAAUGAAAGCAGUGGUGUGGUAUUUGGUGCUGAUUAAAAACAUGGUUUGUUUUGAACUGGAAGCAAGUUGACCAAGAACUUAUAACUGAUCUCAUGAGAAGCUCCCUUCCCACUACUGUUUUAAACAUAUGUAUGUGCCUUUUGAUGAUACACAAAACACUGAUCAUUUUAGUUAGGUGAGAGAUAUGUGGGCUGUUAUUAACGUCUUAUGUGUCCUGGAACAAUGGAGUUUGUGUCUGAUUUAAAAUGCCAGCACUGUUUUAUCUCUGUUCAUUUUCUUUGCAGAUACUUAGGGUUAUUUAUCAUGUCCAUUUCCUGUACCUCUUGUUCAUUAAUACUUCUUUAAAGUAGAAGUAGAAGAUGUCUUCCACCUACCUAUAAUCAGAUUUCAAUAGCAUGUAUAUAGUUGAAAUACUCCAUGGAAAUAGCUCCCAACAAUAAUAUGGCAUGUUAAUUUUGUUUUCUUUGCCCAUGACUUGAAAAGCUAUUUUUUUAAAGUACUGCUGCCUCUUAGGUAAUUUGGGAGUUAAAAAAUAUUCCAAUAUAAUACAUUCUGAGCAGGAGUUGCUAUUUUACAAGGGUGAUUUGUCCUUUUAAAGUAAUUUUUGGCUGUGUUAGUGAAGGGGAAGGUAAAAUUUAAUGAUUUGGUUUGGGUGGUAGAACUGUAUGCUUGGUACCUUGCUGCUCUUAUUUAGGCCACUACCAUGUAUAUAUGGCGUUUCAAAUAUUGUGCUAGUCAGUGUUAAGCAUUGGAUAAUUAUUUUCUCUCUUGAUUUCCCUUUCAAGGCCUAGUGAACAUUAAUGCUGAAAAGUUAAGAAUGAGGAAGAAAUCUUAAUCCUUCCUUCCUUAGAAUGUAAUAUAAAUCCUGAUAGCACGAAAAAACUGUCAACAUGUUGUUUCAUUUAAAAAUCUUAUAGAUAAUUGAAGUUUUUUGAUGCCAUUGAAACUAAAAGAAAGAAUUUACUUUUUUCUUACCCUAAUCUAAGACAAAUAAGGGGAAAACUGUUGCAAGCCCUUUUAUAGCUUAUUGGAUACUUUAAAUUUAUAACUAUUCAAAAUUUCUUAUCAAAUAUCUUACUUUAUAAUUUUUUCCUUGAUUCAGCAGUGAAUGAUUUUCUAGCUUUGGGUUUUAUUGGGUUUUGUAAAUAGUAGGGUCAUAUUGGCAUCAGCUUUUAUGAUGGCUUUGUGGCCAUCAGCUUUUUGGCAGUUUACUCAUAAGCUGUGGGCUUGUAUAAAACUGCCAAAUAAAGUAAUCUACCUGUAAGAAAAUUUGCUUAACUUGAAGAGUCAGAAUUAUUGUGAAUGAGCCUGAUGGUCAAACAAUCAGCCCAUUCAUUUUUCCUCAAGUGUUAACAUACUGAUUACACAGUAUUCAAACCACUUAGUGCAAUGCCUUUUGUUUUUGUCACACAGGUGCAGUGUAUUAUAGGAACAAUUAAAAUUACAAUCAUGAGCAGUUUUAUUAAUACUGCUCUGUCAGUUUUGUAAAUAAAAAUGUACAUUAUUUCUUUCAGUGGGUUGAAUUUUAAGCCAGAGAAAUGACAUUGUAAAUCAUAGUUGCCUCUUUUAAUUUAAUAUGAAAAACUCAACUAACAAUAUUGAAAGUACUUAAUGUAUUAUAUUGUAUAUAUUUCUCUACUUUAGUUUCAGCUGUUUUAUAUGACUGACAUGUUAUUUAAGAGAUAACUGCCUUGAUCUUUUAGAGACUUGUAUUGUAAAUAAAGAUGACUUAAACUAAGAA